CUUACUUGUUAUAUAUAUGGUAAGUCAUUAACUUACCUAGCAACUCAAUCUUGUUCUCAUUCACAAAACCAAAACAAUGUCUUCCUAUUCUUCUUUGCUUGUAAUCACACUUUGUUCCCUAUUCAUUGCAACUUCAGCCAAUGUUCCGCCUGCCAAAACCUUCAAAUACAUCAAUGAAGGCUCAUUCGGCGAAUAUUCUGUUGAAUACGGUGCAGAUUAUCGUACGUUAAACAUUGUCAACUUCCCCUUUACACUUUGUUUCUUUAAUUCUACCCCAAAUGCCUUUAUCCUUGGGCUACGAAUGGGCCAUCGAAGAUCUGAAUCCGUUAUGCGAUGGGUAUGGGAGGCUAAUCGUGGCAAGCCUGUUCGAGAAAACGCCACUCUAACCUUUGGUGCUGACGGGAAUUUGAAACUAAUUGAUGUCGAUGGCACGGUAGCUUGGCAUACCAAUACUGCCAACAAGGGUGUGACAGGGAUAAAACUCUUGCCUAAUGGUAACUUGGUUUUACAUGAUAAAAAUGAUAGAUUUGUUUGGCAAAGUUUUGAACACCCAACUGAUACACUUUUGGUGGGUCAAGCUUUAAGGGCUAAAGGCCCAUCUAGGCUUGUUAGUAGAAAAUCUAGCAAAGAACCUGUUGAUGGGCCUUAUAGCUUUGUCCUGGAAGGGAGACAUUGGGCCAUGUAUUAUGGAAGUGUAAAUUCACAAAGGCCUUUGCCAUACUUCAAAUCAGACGAUUAUGGCAAUGGGAAAGGCUCUUUAGCUAACUUUGACUUCUAUUGUGAGUCAGAAUAUGGUGCAAACCAUGCUUUUGAGUUAGGAUUUGGGUUUAACAUGACAAAUUCUCCUAGCUCUGGCACAUCCAUUUUUACUAGGCCCAAAUACAAUAGCACAUACACUAUGUUUAGAGUUGACAUGGAUGGUAAUCUAAGAAUGUACACUUAUGAACCAAAUGUUGAUUGGCGGGCAUGGGAGAUCACAUAUCAACUUUUCAAUAGGGGCAACGAUGGGAAAAGCGAAUGCAAGCUCCCGAGGAGGUGUGGAUCAUUGGGCGUUUGCGAGGACAGCCAGUGUGUGGCGUGUCCGAGCCCUCGAGGCUUGGUUGGGUGGAGCAAGGGUUGUGCACCACCAAAUUUGCCACCAUGCAGGGGAGGAUCAAAGGUGGACUAUUACAAGGUUGAAGGAGUUGAACAUUUCACUAGUGAUUAUAAUGAAGGUACUGGACCUAUGAAGCUAAGUGAAUGCAAAAAUAGGUGCAAUAAAGAUUGCAAGUGCGUGGGCUUUCUCUAUAGAGAGGAGUCAUCAAAGUGCUUGGUUGUACCUGAGCUUGGAGCUUUGGUUAAAAUGGACAAUUCCUCCCAUGUUGGCUACAUCAAGAUCUCAAAGUAGAUGUAUUUAUAUUAAGCAAAAAUUUUCCCUGUUAAUUUACUUUUAAUGUGAUUUUGACAAAAAGAUUAUAAAUAAUAAAAGCUUUAGCAUGCCAGAUUUUGUUAA